AUUCUUUAUUGGUAUGUCGGGGAGAAGAUCAUCUACACAAAGAUUUGGAUAUUCAACCCAAUUUCCUUUUAAAAAGGAGUCAGAGAGUUUAGAGAGCAAAUGAAAUGGAAAUGUCUUUUAGGUCCAAAAGAAUGAGAUGUUCAAAAAAUUUCAAAAAGAAAAAACAAAAUACUUUCCUCUCAUAUUCCUCUUUACCUGAUUCUUAAAAAUCUCACAAAUUAUCGAUUUCAGAGAAUCCGGACUGCUUUCUCUACCUUGGCUCCGCCAUUUCUCCCCCCCCACCAUUUUCUUCGUUGCUCGGAUCAGAUUUCUUCAACUCUAACACUCCAUUAUAUUCAAGUUCAGACCAAAAGUUUGAAGGUAUUUCUAACUUUAGACUAUUUCCGGCUUAAAUUUCACCGUAGUUUUUAUCCUUCGCCCCCUUUGUGAUUUCAGACCGUUUAAUUGAGAAAUGCUAUGGGCUUUUAUCCCUGUUCCUGUUUCGAGUUCUCGUCUAUCAGAAAAGGAGCUUGAGUUUUCGUUGUGAUUGUAUAGGGUUUUGCUUAUUUUGUGUUAAGCUUAUUUUAAAUGUUUGGACAACUUUUCAAUUUCCAUUUUGUACUCAUAAAAAGAAAAAAGAACCCUGUUGAUCUUCCCCUUCCUUUUCGUUCUUCCGACAUGACCUCUCCACGAAGUUUUCAUUAAUUUUCAUCUCCGACUAGCACGCCGGCAACGCCUAAACACCAUGUUACCACGGUUUAGCUUCAUCGAAUUGUGAAUUUUAAAGUUGAAAAGGAGAGAAUUCUUUUUCUUUUGGUGUAUCUAUUGCUUCUGGAAAUUUAGCUGAUUAACAAUGUCGGUCACGGCGGGGGUUAGUGAUACUGUAAUUGCUGUUAGAGAUAAACUUAGAGGUAAAAUUGGACAAACAAAAGUUAAGAGGUACUGGCCUGGAAAGGCUCCUGAGUGGGCGGAUGAUGCUGAUGAAGAUGGCGAUAUUAGGAUGGCUAGGGCAGCUGCUCUUGAGAAAGCAUUUCCUAGUCAGGAAGAUUCAGAUCUAUCUAGGAAGGAUGACCCUAGGUUACGCCGUCUAGCUGAGAGUAGGAUAGAUAAUCGGGAAGAGAUUAGAGCUGAUCAUCGACGUAUUCGCCAAGCUGAGAUUGUUUCAACCAUUGAAGAGGAAACUCGGAGGCAGGAGGGAUUAGAUGCAGAGGAAGAGGAUGAGGAGGCUUUGGAGGAAAGAAGAAGAAGAAUCAAGGAAAAGUUGCGACAAAGGGAGCUAGAAGAAGCCGCAUUCCCUGAAGAAGAAGAGGAGGAGGAACCAGAGGAAGAGGAAGAAGAAGAGUCUGAGUAUGAAACUGAUUCAGAAGAUGAACCUACUGGUAUAGCAAUGGUGAAGCCAAUCUUUGUUCCUAAAUCAGAGAGAGAAACUAUUGCUGAACGGGAGCGUAUUGAAGAGGAGGAAAGGUCUCUUGAAGAAUUGAGAAAAAGGAGAUUGGAGGAAAGGAAGGCGGAGACAAAGCACAUUGUGGUUGAGGAGAUUAGAAAGGAUGAGGAGAUCCAGAAGAAUUUGGAAAUGGAGGCAAAUAUUGCAGAUGUAGAUACUGAUGACGAAAUCAAUGAAGCAGAAGAAUAUGAGGCUUGGAAGGUUAGAGAGAUUGCUAGGAUCAAGAGGGAUAGAGAACUCCGAGAUGCAAUGUUGAAGGAGAGGGAGGAGAUUGAGAAGGUGAGAAAUAUGACUGAGGAAGAGAGGAGAGAAUGGGAGAGGAAGAAUCCAAAACCUGCUCCACCACCUAAGCAGAAGUGGAAGUUUAUGCAGAAAUACUACCAUAAGGGUGCAUUCUUCCAGGAAGAUGCUGAUGAUAAUGCUGGAACUGCUGGAUCUGAUUCUAUUUUCCAUCGUGAUUUCUCUUCCCCAACUGGAGAAGAUAAAAUGGACAAGACAAUAUUGCCAAAGGUUAUGCAGGUCAAACACUUUGGGCGCAGUGGGAGAACAAAAUGGACGCAUCUUGUCAAUGAAGAUACAACCGACUGGAACAACCCUUGGACCUAUAACGAUCCUCUUCGGGCAAAAUACAAUGCAAAAAUGGCUGGAAUGAAUGCACCGAUUACAAAACCUAAAGGGAGCAAGAAGCUAAAGGAUUGGGAAUCUCGUUGAGUUUUAAUGGCAUAAAGCACGGUUAGAAAGCUUUUCUAGUUAUCCAUUUUCAUUGUUCAAUUAGAAAACAAUGCUUGCAUAAUGGGUUACCAAGAUAGUUGGGCACCCAGUUUUCCUUCUUUUCGAAACUAGAGAUGUUAACUGGAUUUUGUAUGUUGAUGUAAUAUAAUUACCCAUUAGUUAUCA